UUGAAGAUGCGAUUUUAUCGAAUUCUUGCAUAUAAAAUCCUUUUAAUCUUCAUACAAGGUUAAAUGUAUAAGAUUGGAUUUUGGACAGCGGAGAAGAUAGGAUGUUUCAUGUUUAGUUUGGGAGAAUAAAAUGACCGGAGUCGCCGCUUUAGUUGGGGAUAUACAUCAUCCGCUAGGGGGCGCACCACUCGCAAUGCUUGCCGCACAGUGCAAUAAAAUCACAUCAAAAUCGCCGCCACCACUGGCAGACGCUGCCGUCGGUAAAGGAUUUUAUCCAUGGAAAAAACCAGAAUCGUCUGCGGAUCCUUCGAACUUUUUACUGGUUCCACAGCAAAGAAGUCCGUCUUUCGCACCGACGUCAUCACCAAGCUACGUCAGAACGAGCACCAGCAUUAACGGAAGUAGUCCGUAUAACAACGACUUGUUAUAUCCGACAAGUACAACAUCCGUAUCACAUAGUCAAAGUGAUUCGCCCCAAGCAUCUUCGUACCUACCAAAAAUGCAUGGCGAAUCAGCUUGGACUGAUAGUGGACUUUCUGGAAUGUACUCAAGAGUUGCAGGUGUAUCUGCACAACACUAUGACACUUGGCCAUUUGGUCUAGGUUCUAACUUGAAAUCUGAAGUAGCCGGUUCCGUUAAUCCGGUGGCGCCAUUUUGGGACAUGCAUACUGGAACUGGAAAUUUAUAUUCAGACAUGACUGCACCUACAUCUGGUCUACAUUCACAAAUGUCCAGUUAUCCAAGUGAUUUAAAGUUAGGACACUCACUUAGCUCAAGUUCAAGUUCACUAUUCUCAACCGGGCAACAAUUAUUCCAGGACCCUUACAAAGCAAUGUAUUCAUCCCCAAAUGAAUUAGGAACGAGCGCAGUAAGUCCGUUUCUUUCCAGACCCGGGCUUACAAACAUGCCUAGCCCGAAAUCAUCCAAACGGUAUUCCGGACGCGCGACUUGUGCGUGCCCGAACUGUCACGAAGCAGAGCGUCUCGGGCCUGCAGGUGCUCAUUUGAUAAAGAAAAACAUUCACAGUUGUCAUAUACCUGGAUGUGGGAAGGUUUAUGGAAAAACGUCACAUCUUAAAGCUCAUCUCCGCUGGCAUACCGGGGAACGCCCGUUUAUAUGUAACUGGUUAUUUUGUGGAAAACGCUUCACGCGCUCUGACGAACUUCAGCGCCACUUGCGCACGCACACCGGCGAGAAAAGAUUUGCUUGUCCGGUAUGUAAUAAGAAAUUCAUGCGCAGUGACCAUCUGAGUAAACAUGUAAAAACUCACAGUGAAGGCUCGAAAAAGAGUGAAAGUGACUCUGAAGAACAGACUAAUGCUGAAGAGAUUUCCAGCUCCAAGUCUAUAGAUACCAAAUAGAGAAAGUCGGAGCUUAAUGGAUAAAAACUGGUUAAAACAAAAACAGAAAAAGAGAGCUUUGUAUGGCGUUCAAGAUAUGAAUGAACUAUAAGUCAAUUCAUUCUAGUGUUGUUUUUUUUUAAUGAAUAUUUGUUUAGAAUUUCAAAAAUAUUUAAGAUUUUUUUGUGUACAUCGUCAGUUGCUUGUGAUUACAUAAAAAUAAUCGGAAGAGAAAAUUCUAUUAUAUUCCGUUCGGUCUUGGUUCUAUCUGUUGUGUUCUUGUAUUUAACAGCUCCAUUAUCAUUCAUUUACAUUAUCAUAGAAAGUAUACAGUUUUUUUUCAUUCAUUUGAUAGGCACGAUUGAUAUUUGCUUAUUUUGCAAACAUUCUCAGAUAUAUGAGUUGAAUGGAACUCGUUUCUGCAUAAAAACACACUUGCCCAGACAAAACCUUACAUAUAUAUUUAUGGCACGGACUUCCACACUUAUGAGUGUUAUUGUCUUCAUCGCGUGUAAUUGUGUAUCAAUAUGCUAAGAUUCAGUCUUGUGCUAGAAUAAAUAUAUGUUUGAAAAAAAUAUUAAAAAAUGUUAUAAGUACUGCAGAAAUUAGAUAAAAGAAGCUAAAGAGUUAAAUAUGGACUUUUUCUUGAUAAACGUCGACGUGUCAACUUCUUUGAACUUUUCAGAUUAAAUGUUUUUAUUUUUAAAUCAUUUGCUUAAAUUUUGAAAAAGAGACAUGUAACUGUCAAAUCUAUAAUUAUGUUUUAGGUAUAGGGUAAUCAGCCAGCAUGUUACUGAAAUCAUUACAUCUGCAAGAGAACGCAUAAUUGUCCGUUUUCAUUAAAAAAAAAAGAAUGUUGAACUAUCGACAAGCGAAACUAUUUUUUCUGCGGAACAGCACACGUAAAAUAAUCAAUUGUUCCAUCUUUACGAAAAAACUAUUUGUUGUUUAGUCCCAUAUAUAUUGUAGUGACAAUUUAUGUUAUGUGCGUGAAAGACUCUUAUACCUCGUAACAAAUGCGAUUGAAAUGUAGUGAACGUUCAUGAAAUUUAUGAGAUUAUAUAGGAAAUUUACACCUACAAAGUUGUUCGACACUGUCAAUAAUUUGAAAUUACCUUAUGUCAAGAACUAUUUGGCGCUUCCGUCCGAAUCUAUCAAACGGAAUUAUAUAUCAUCAUACAAUACAUAACAUUUAUUUUAUGCUUUUCAGUAAUUUCUAGAGUCUAAAUGGUGGAUUACAUUUUGGUAAAUUCCAUUGUCCAAACAGUGAGAUUAUCUCAUGUGAUUUCACUACAUAAAGGCAAAAGAAUAUUAAUAAUAUUUUAAAUAAUGGGAAAUUGUUAUAACUAGUUAAAAGAAAUAAAAAUUGUACUGAUUUUAUGUGUUUUGACAUAAAACUCAGCGUUUGUAUUCGGAUUAAAUUAAAAUAAUAGAAUUAUUUGUUUCAUGUGUGAAUUCUACGCUCAAUGUAUUACAUUGCGCAUCAUCCGGGUACAAAAAUAUCCCAAGGAUGCAUUUGAAACCAGUGUCAAAAUGCAUCAAAUAAAAGUGUAUUUGUUGAUUUUGGUGAAAUAUCAAAACAUAUUUCUUCUCGCGACCAUCACACAUGUAUAAUAAGAAUAUUUCGCAAGGUGCUCACCAAAUGUAAUAAAUAAGAAAUCUUCAAUCUUUUUUUCAAGCAUUCAGUGUCUGUUUCUGCCGGACAUCCAACCAUGAUUUAAUAAGACAGGAGGUACUUAUUAUGUCCUAUAGGAGCUAUCAAGUCGUACUUUGUAUUUGUUAUAUCCUGUAGGAGCUAUCAAGUCGUACUUUGUACUUUUUAUGUCCUAUAGGAGCUAUCAAGUCGUACUUUGUACUUAUUAUGUCCUAUAGGAGCUAUCAAGUCGUACCUUGUACUUAUUAUGUCCUAUAGGAGCUAUCAAGUCGUACUUUGUAUUUAUCAUAUCCUAUGUAAGAGUUAUCAAGUCGUACAUGGUACUUAUUAUGUCCUAUGUAGGAGUUAUCAAUUCGUACUUUGUACUUAUUAUGUCCUAUGUAAGAGUUAUCAAGCCGUACUUUGUACUUAUUAUGUCCUAUAAGAGUUAUCAAUUCGUACUUAGUACUUAUUAUGUCCUAAAAGAGUUAUCAAGUCGUAUUUAGUACUUAUUAUAUCCUACGUUGGAGUUAGUAAGUCGUAUAUGGUAUUCAUCAAUGUGUCCUACGUUGGAAUUACUACGAAUCUCUACAUUUUUUGAACUGGCUAUUACAGUUCAUAGAACCAAACAUCUUACAGGCGUUCCUUUAGUUUCCAGUUAGUUAAUACAAUGCAGUAUCAUGCAAUUAUUAUUUUAAAAUUAUUGACAUGGGCGGAAGUGACCACUUGAAUGGAGAUGACUCCCGCAUGUUGUGUCUUGUUGUUGUUUCUUGAUGGAAACCGCAGUAAUUUAACCAAUGAAAUAUUUGUUUCUGGACAAUUUUUAAACCACAUUAUAAGAUUUUUUUUCCUUCAGAAUUCUAUUAUGUAUACAAUGAAAUGUUUGAAAUAUUUGUUAUGAUUAAGAAAGAUUUUAGAAUGUGUACAAAACAUUUUUCGUGCAUAAUAGAUUAUAGCUGUACUUUAUUUUAGUCUCUUUGCUCACAGACACAUGUCGUACGCCAACCCCAGACUUUGUUAUAUGUGUACCUCACACAACCAUGUUUACAUUUACUAGAUUACAAAAUGAUCGAAAACAUGGGGGCACAGACGGAAUGUUCUGAUCUCAACAGCCUGCAUUUAUAUCAUUCGAUUUGCGUAUGGAAAUCUUCGACAACUUGCAGUUGUAAUUCAGUUAUUUUCAGUAAAUUUUACAUGCUGCUCUAUGAUUUGAUUAUAAUGUGAUAGUGAUUAAAUGAAUAUGAA